CCGGCGUUUGCGCUUUUUGGAAAAGUCUCGCGCGCGCAGCACGCGCCGCAGGAAUAUUUCAGCGCUCUCAUCCUCGGGAUCCCCUCCUUCCAACCCAUCCUCCCCUUCUUCCUCCUCAUCUUCAUCACUUCACGCUCUAGGAUUUGGUCUUUGGCAGUGACAUUGUUGACGUUACCAUGGAAACGCUGGCCUCCAUUUGGGCACACGACCCCAGUGACCUCUGCGACCUCGCUGAGAAGCGACACAAGCCGCCUGUGUGGGAUCCUGAGUGUGUUUUUGACAGCUUUCCUCCAGCUGGUCUGACGUGGAUGCAGCAGCUCUCCCCUCACCUCCAGAGAAACAAACAGUUGCAGGACACUCUGCUGCAGAGGGAGGAGGAACUCGCCAGACUGCAGGAAGAGAACAACAAGCUCAGAAACUUCCUCGGCUCCUCCUUUGUGAGGAACCUGCAGCAGAAAGCGAAGAAAAUAACUGAUGGGAGGAGGAAACUGAAGAGAAACUUGACAUACCUCGAUGACGAACCUUUUCAGGUGAGAUCCUCCAAACAAGUCAGCAAGAGAGUCUGCAGAAACCUCACUGCCGAUUUCUGCUCCGAGACCUCCGAGAAGUCUGUCUGUUCAGAACCAAACUUGGACCGCUGGGUCUUACGAACGUUGGGACUAAAGGACCGAGACACUAUUGAUACGUCUUGUGAAUCCUUGUCUGAAUACAGCCUCAGAGGUUUGGUUUACGAUGCUGCCACCUCCUCCCCAUCCACUGAAAAUACCUCCAGCUCCUCCUUUGGCUCUCCUGUCACCACAUCAACGCCAUCUCACGCCCAUAGCUACUGCCAAAGAUCCACAUUAGACUCAGAUUACAGAUACGCAGAACCUGAGAAUCCUGCCAAGUCAACUCAAAACUGCAUAACACCUCCAAGAGACGCCACUGCCACUGGACUGACUGGAGAUAAUGAGUCUGUUGAAGCUGUGAUCGGGAGCUACAACAUAUCAGCUGCCUUCCAGUCAGACAGACCUGAGACCUGUCGAGUCCAACCUCAGGAGGAAAACCCAGAAAAACACCUGCUCUACUGGUCUUCACUGCAAGACAGCCAGACUCCAACAAAACAAGUCUCUAUCUGCCCAGUGAUGUAUUCAAGUCCGACAGUAAACCAGUUCCUGACACCAGCUGGUGGCUGCAGUCCGACGGGUCCACCAGCAGCAUCUCAGCCUUCCGCCACACUGCAGAAGCCUCGUAACCGGACAGAUUUAGCUUUCAGUAUGUCUCUCAGCCCGUCCAGCAGCGUCAAGACCCACAGCUUCCCUCAUGGACAGGCCUUCAUCCGGAGGGACACCGGGGGUGGGUGGAACUUCACCUGGAUGCCCAGACAAGAACCAUAAAAAGGAGAUUAAAAAAAAUCCAGAUCUGGUAUCAGGACAGAAUCUUAGGGCUGUCCAUAAUCAAGCUUGGUGCUUGUCUGAUUUAUCUUGAAAGAAGCAAAACAAAGACCAUGUAAGAACUUCAGAUAAAAUAUGAGAGCCAAGCAACAGUUCACACCUCGAUCUGGAGGGCCGAUAGAUGACUUGUUUGUCUGGUUUAGCUUCUGAAAACUUCACAUCAACAAGGAUUUCGUGCAGAUAUUUGAGUAGAUUCUCCGUCGUCCAGGUCAGAGAAGGAAACUGGAUCUAUUUUCUUGAUUCCUAAAAAGUCCAGUUAUGGUAUUCUCAAGCACUUAGGAUUUCAAACUGAUGCAUUUUGUAAAUCAACUAAUCAGAAAGUGUAAGAAACUAAAACAAAAUCAUUUUUAAAAGCAUAAAUCAUAAGGCUAACCAGGUAAACUGCAACCAUAAUCAAGCAUUUUUACUCUAAACCUAACUCAGAAUGAGUGUAACAUAAGAAAUUAACAAGACUGCCGUAAUUUUUUUUACUACUUUCUAAGAUAUUAUUUUGCCGUCAAACUACCUGGAAUGACGAAAUGGGCCAAACAUAAUGACCACUCACAGAUGAAGAUAAUAAGUCCUAUUCUUAAUAAUAAGACCUAUCAGCAGGUGCCUGAGAGCCAGCCAAUAUAGUAUGUUUUUUUAAUUAGACACUGAGAUCCCAGAGAGAACAUCAAUGAAAGUCACCUUAAAGAACCAAAAUGACAGUAAGAUUGAGAAAAAUGCUUUUCCUCAACCUAACCUAAAUAGAAAAAUGGUUCAGGUAUCAGAGUGGGUCCAUCAUUCUGAAACCUGCCUGUAGCUAACAUUACAGGAAUUUGACUGAUCCAAAUUUAAGUGUUUAUUUUAUUUUAUUUUAAAGAAUAAUUUGAUUCUAUUGUAAGUGUGCAAAUUUUGUAAAAUGUGGUGAAACAAAAUGGCCAUAAUUCAACAACUGAGCACUCAGGAGGCUGAUGAAGCCAGCCAUCAGUAUCAAUCCUGCUCAGAUACCAAGGCCAGGUUCAGAUACUUAUUUCAGAUUUUAUUGAUGAUAUGGAUAAUAUAACCUAAUUUUAAGUUAUACCAUUUUUGUUGGACUAUUUUACCAGAAAAUACCAAUGAGAUUAAAUGUGUCUUUUGCAAGAGCCUUUUAGCAACUGUUUUCUUUUUUAUGGUGGCCAAGCCAAGCCAACUUUAUUUAUAAAGCACUUUACGACAGCAGCCACUGAACAAAGUGCUGAACAUAAAAUAAGUAAAAACAUAAGUAGUAACAGCAGUUUCAGACAAGAAAUGG